AUGCCACAGGUCCAAGUUGAUCCAAACGAAGAUACCGAAUUUCAUGAUGCCCUUCGAGCUCAUGGUAUUAUCCCACCCAAACCCCCCUCGCGUUCGCCUUCGCCAGAGUUGCCCCGUGAAUCAGAGCAGCGCCAUCGCGCACGGUUGCAAGCCACUGUGGAGGAUCUAGAUGAGGAGCUAGAGACUGCGGACGACGAUGAAGAGCGUAUCCUACAGCAAAUCCGCCAGCAGCGAAUGCGUGAACUGGCAGCUGCUAGUUCCAAGGCGAGGUUUGGUCGCGUAUACCCCAUCUCUCGUCCUGAUUAUACUCGUGAAGUGACUGAGGCCAGUAAAGAGCCUGGGAAUUUAUCCGAGACAGAUGAGGCCCGAAAAGGUACGGGCGUGGUGUGCUUUCUAUAUAACUCGGGUAUGGAGACUUGUCGACUUGUGUCAGGAUUCCUCGAUACACUGGCGGCCAAGCAUCCCUCUACCAAGUUUGUGAGUAUUGUUGGAAACCAGUGCAUACCAAACUAUCCCGACCAUAAUCUACCAACUUUGCUUAUUUACCGGAAUGGCGAGCUUCGCCGUCAAAUUAUCGGCUUACGGCCAGAGAUUGGUUUGGAUGGCAUGAAUACUAAAAUGCAAGAUAUUGAGCUUCUUUUGACAGCUGUAGGUGCCAUCGAUCCACCCCAACGUGGUCAGUCUGGUGCUCCUACACAAGAGAAAAAGCUUUCUGAUGAGGAAAAUGACGAUGAAAAGUCUUCUGAAAUCCGAGGACAAGAAUAUGAUGAUGAUGAUGAUCUUGAUUGGGACUAG